CACGGGAAGAAAGGGGGUGGUGAAAUUCUUAACCCGUCACCACACAGGCAUUAUUAUUAUUUUGUACACGUUAACUGAGUAUGUGCUUUUAUAACUUUCAUACUCGAUGGUUUGGCUGUUUUUAUAUUAUCCUGAUUUACUAAAUACUUACGUUAGAUUAGGAUAUUUAAACUUUAUAAUGUAAAAACCUUCCAUUCCUUCAAUUAUGUAUCUAAUAUACAUACACAGUAACUAGAUCCCAGACAGUAUCGUCUGUGCAAGCUCGUUGCGAACUUGAAAACAGAAGUAGGAGCUGUUUGGUAACCACAAAAAUAAUAACACUGCGUUAGCGUUCCAUUUUUAAGGAUUCUGUCAUAAUGGAAAAAACGGAAUGUCCGUCUGUCUGUCCUUAUUUCCCAGUCAUUUCGCAGCUAAUUAAAAGAAGAUGACCCAACAGGAUUUGAAUAGUUCCCAAGAAUAGAACUGCAUAACGGUCUAGGCAUAUUUUACAGUUUUUGAGCACAUUCUCUCUUAAUACAAAUGCAAAUAUGUUUUCAGAAUUAUUUAAUAGGUUUAUGUAUAUACAUUUCCUUGUGAAACGCUGUUAAGCUUAGAUAUUCCUACUUUUAGCCUAACAAUUAUGGACACAGGGUAGUGUUUUUGUAUAAAAACAUACACCUGUGGUGCGGCAGUUCGCGUCAAUGAAAGUUUACAUUUAUCAACAUCAUCAUCAUCAUAUAUAUCAUCACAUAUGUUCUAUGUAAUAUUUACAGUGUGGGUUCUACUUAUUUAAAAUAUUACAAAGUCUAAUCGGGCUACUCUGAGUCACUUCCCAUUUUUUUUUAAAUAGUGAUUAUUUGAUUUUUUGACUACCCUACUUUUGGAUGUGAUUCUGAAUAAUUUGCUCGAUUAAAACUUAGUAGAUACUCGUACUUGCUUUAGAUAUGAAGUGCAUUAUAAGUGGACGAAGUCAUUUAGUUAAAUAAAUAAAAAAACUAUAUACCUAAUAAAGUGUUCGUGUUUUUAAUGCAGGUACAGAAAUUUUUAGGUACAGAAAUUUACUUUUUACUGGCUAUCAGUUAAAUCGGAGUGAAUGAUGUGUUCAUAAACAUCGGAGCACUACUCCGAUAUACCUGAUGGUGAAUUUUCUAUGAUUUUUUGUACCAUCCUAAUAACCUAUAGUGGUACUUAGUAUUGUAUGUUCGAGUAAUAAUAAGUACAUUUAGGUAUAUUAGUGUAAAUAUUUACCAAUUAAUAUUACCUGUAGUUCGAAGUAUUUAGUACCUAGUUCGUCUAACCCAGUUCCUCCUCUCUGUUCGUUAUGCACUAUCUAUGUCUUCUUUUGUAUGUUUUGUAAAAAAAAUCUAAAUUGUAGACAAAUUUUUUUUAAUUUUUUUCCAAUAAUCAUUAAUCCAAUCUCCCUAAGAUCAGUGUCAUAUUAGUAUCAUUAUUACUCUUUUUUUUCUAUGCUCUAUUUAAGUACAUGAAAAACAUAUUUUUAGCAUUGAAAGUGCAUAACGUGCCUUAGUUUUGGAAAUGUGGACAAUGAGUAUUUGAGUAAUGAGUAUGUUGGUGUUUAGUAGAGACGAGUGCGAUGCAACAGGUAGAAGCUUGUUUCUAUUAUCAUAAUUAUGUUACUGCUUUUCUAUUUAUACUUUUUCUUUCUUUUCUUGCAUGUAAAUCGCUUAACGGUUUUAUUUGACAAAUUAAAAAAAAAACUUCUAUACAUCACUGAUGUUUCAACGCUUGCUUUCUGAGAAUUUUUAAAAUGAAACAUUUAAAAAAAUUGUUGUAUAUGUUUCAAGGUAAUGAAUCCCCUGGACGCCAUUUGCAACGUCCCCCGAAACGACGCAGUGUGUGUCAGCAACUUGAAAUCGUCGAAACCUAUCGACAAGGCCAUUCUGCAAGAACGACCCGACGUCAAGAUCUUUCUGCCGUUCCGGUUUCACUUCUACAAGCCCAAGGAUCUGUUCAAGGAGAAUAGUUACAAGAAUUAUUUAGUGGCACCUGGCGGAGAUCACGUACUGAGCCUCGUCGACGAGAUAUCAUUCAGCGCGCCGCCGGCGCCGCCUCUCUCGCAGAUGCACGAGCUUUCCCCAGAACUGUUCUGCAACGGAGACAACCGACCCGCCAACUGCCCGGUCGACUGCAGAUGCACGCAUAUGAUUGAUGUGCCCCUUAAUUCUAUUGUCGAGAUUGUUCUUGUUGAUGAAGUUCAAUCACCCAAUCUCUCUCACCCCUUCCACCUCCACGGGACAAGUUACAACGUCAUCGGCAUGGGUCGGUCUCCGGACAAGAACAUCAAGAAGAUCAACCUGAAGCACGCUCUGGACCUGGACAGGAAGGGUCUACUACAUCGGCAGUACAAUAGCCCGCCUCUUAAAGACACCUUAGCUGUGCCCAACAAUGGCUACGUGGUGCUGAGGUUGAAAGCUGAUAACCCUGGAUAUUGGCUAUUCCACUGCCACUUCAUAUACCACAUAGUGAUCGGGAUGAACUUAAUAUUGCAUGUGGGGACGCAACGAGAUUUGCCCCCCGUACCACCGAGCUUCCCUCGCUGCGGUAACCACCUUCCCGCCAUCUCGCCUCCACUCUACCCCAUACACUGAUGUUCACCAUCACAGGGCCCCUAGUGUAAACAUUCGAAAACGUUACGUUCAAAUGAAGAAGCUUAGAUAAGAUGUGUUUUCAAAAUGCCCCGCUUGGUGCGCUAUUCAAAAUCCCAUAUAAAAUAAGGCACCAAAUUACGUCACGUUUUCGAAUGAAGCUCAGACUAGCGGUACAGAUACCCAUUAUACCAUUCGAUCUCACUGAAUGUGAAUGGAUUCAGGAAUCUCGUUUCCGAAAGCAUUAUUUUGAAUGAGUACUGCCAUAUUUAAUACUUGUACUUAGAGAAAUAUGAGGAAAUGCGAAAUAAUAUUAUUGUUUGUUGAUGCGUGAAUGACGUUAGCUUUUAAAAGGAACGGUGCUGUUUCAAAGAUUUUUGAUAAAUGUUUAAUAUGACCAAAGUUUCUUUUUCACAUGUGAUGUUUUAUUACUCAACAUGAAACAUGUUAAAUCAUUUUUCAUUUUCUGAUUUGAAAAGUACUUCAUUCACUUCGAUUACCUAUAUGUAUAUCUCCUACCUAUAAAAUUAUAUCUCAAUCUAAUAAUUUAUUCGUUUUAAAUUUUAUUUAGAAGAGGAAUUUUAAACACGUUUAUAAAUGUAAUUACCUUAAUCUUUUACCAUCGUAUUUUGCUCGACAUUCGGAUUUGUCAAGCUACUUUAGUCAAUCUAGGUACUUUUUGUACUGACUAGCUGAAAUAAUAUGACACAUUCGUGCGGAAAAUAUAAUGAGAAAGAAUUUUAUUAUUCACUACAACCUACAUUAUUAGUGUUAUCUAUGUCUUGUCUAAAUUCACACCAAGAUUUUCUUUUAAAAAACCAUUUGGUCGCCAAAGAUCUUUACCGAUAUACCUACUGGUCUGUUUGAGAUUUGAUAUUAUGAAUACUAUUUGUUGUUGAUUAUUUUUUGUAAAUAAUUUACUCCCUGUUUUAGAAUUUUAAUGAUUGUUUUUAUAAGUGUAGAUCUAAAAUGUUAGUUAGUUACACUGAUAAGUAUAGUGCAAUAUAACAGUUCCAAAUUGUAGAAAUAAUAUUUAAAAACGCAUUAUCAAUCAGUAUGUUAAUUACUUUUAUUUUUAAAACUUUUUUGUUUUAAAGUUUCGAGACCAUAAGAAGAACGUUACCCUUUAUACCCUACUCGUAGAUAUUAAGCUUUGUACUUUGUUAUUAUUGCAAAUUUUCGUGAAUGAAAGAAAUGUUGAUAUUGCUUGAAGUUGGAAGAUGUCAAGCAAUAAGAAGUAAGAAUCAUAAAUUUGCAAGAAGUAGGUAAGUAUCAUAUAACAUCCCACUUAAUUAUUUCUAAAUUAUGGUGCGUAUACGUUGAAAUUGUAUACAAUAUUGUUGUAUGUUUUUAUAUACCUGGGCGUUUUCCAAAAUAAAUGUCAAAUAUCGAAUUUCACCUGCUUUCACGAUUCGGUCCUGUCGAUAAAAAAACGUGUCCUCCUCAUUUUUUUUCCUUUUACGUCACGAUUUUAGUAUGAACUUACUACGUGCGUGGCGUAUUGUAAACUCGAAUUUUGUAUGGAA